AUAAAACCUCCCUCUUGUAAUUCCUUUUCUCCUCAUUAAUAAUUCGAUAGCAAAAAUGGGAAGCCUUGAUUCAAAUAACAGCACUCAAACUCAAUCCAAUGUCGCAAAAUUCAACCCACUUGACCCUGAAGAAUUCCGUACCCAAGCCCAUCAAAUGGUAGACUUCAUUGCUGAUUAUUACAAGAACAUUGAGAACUACCCGGUUUUAAGCCAAGUAGAACCUGGUUAUCUUCGUACCCAAUUACCCGAAAAUGCCCCUUAUCGCCCCGAAUCAUUUGACACCAUUAUGAAAGAUGUCACAAACCAUAUUGUCCCUGGUAUGACACAUUGGUUGAGCCCUAAUUUCUUUGCAUUUUUCCCAGCCACGGUUAGUUCCGCGGCUUUCGUGGGAGAAAUGCUAUGCAAUUGUUUCAACUCUGUCGGAUUUAAUUGGCUGGCUUCGCCAGCCAUGACGGAGUUGGAAAUGAUAGUCAUGGAUUGGCUAGCCAAUAUGUUGAAAUUACCAAAAACGUUCAUGUUUUCUGGCACCGGUGGUGGUGUAAUUCAAGGUACAACUAGUGAAGCUAUACUCACUACCUUAAUUGCAGCUCGUGACAAUAAGCUCGAAAAUCUAGGUACCGAUAAUAUUGGAAAACUCGUAGUUUAUGGUUCUGAUCAAACACAUUCUACGUAUACCAAGGCUUGCAAGCUGGCUGGUAUUUUCCCAUGCAAUAUUAGGGCAAUACCAACUUUUAUUGAAAGUGAUUUUGCUUUAUCUCCUGUGGUCCUACGUCGAGUUAUUGAAGCUGACGUGGCAGCUGGACUUGUCCCACUUUUCCUCUGUGCUACUGUAGGGACCACUUCAACCACAGCAGUUGACCCUAUAAGUCAACUAGCUGAGGUGGCUAAUGAAUUUGGCAUUUGGCUCCACGUGGACGCUGCUUAUGGUGGUAGUGCAUGCAUAUGUCCAGAGUUUAGACAAUAUCUUGAUGGUAUUGAACAUGCUAACUCGUUGAGUCUUAGCCCACAUAAGUGGUUAUUAAGUUACUUAGAUUGUUGUUGCAUGUGGGUGAGAGAGCCGAAUGUGCUAGUAAAAGCUUUAAGCACGAAUCCCGAGUAUUUACGAAAUAAACGUUCUGAAUAUGACUCAGUUGUGGAUUAUAAAGACUGGCAAGUUGGUACGGGUCGAAAGUUCAAGUCCAUCCGUUUAUGGCUCGUUAUGCGUAGUUAUGGCGUAGCCAAUUUACAAUGUCACAUUAGGUCCGAUGUUCGAAUGGCCAAAAUGUUUGAAGGGUUCGUUAAGUCUGACCCGAGGUUCGAGAUUGUUGUGCCUAGGCGGUUUUCCCUCGUGUGCUUCCGAUUCAACCCGGUUAAGGAAUCUGAACCGGCGUAUAUUGAGCUAUUAAACAAGAAGUUGCUUGAUUGUGUUAACUCAAGUGGACAAGUUUACAUGACACACACAAAAGCAGGUGGAAUAUACAUGUUAAGGUUUGCAGUAGGUGCCACGUUGACAGAGGAUAGACAUGUAAUUUCAGCUUGGAAGUUGAUUAAGGAGUCAGCUGAUGCUUUGUUGAAAAGAAGUUAUUAUGCUGAUUAGGAUCUUGUGUUAAAAGGAAAAAAAAAAAAAAAAAAAAGAGCUGAAGAGGAGGAGUAAAGAAAGAAAGACAAAUUAAAUAAAUGCUUGGAUUCUGUAAGAUAUGUUGGUGUAUAGGCAUUUGUGAUUGUUUUGUAAAUUUCGGACAAAGAAGUCAAAACAAUCUGCAGUUGUCUUAAUAUAUAUAUUUGAAUAAAGAUUGAUCUGUAAGCUCUUUGGUGGAAGAAAUUAUUUAUAAGCCCAUCGAGGGCGUGUAUUCUUGAGGAUCUUUUUCUGUACUCAGUAAUAAAAAAGCAUUGAUUAUCAGUU